GCAAUGUCUGUACUCGGAGAGGCAAGAAAAGAUGUUAUGAAUGCUGAAGCCUAAAGUGAGCCGAAGACUACUUAACAAGCAGCCAUAUCAUGUGGAACGGAAACAUCCAAGAACAUCUUCAGUUCCAUUCCAAUCCGUCUUCGAGUCGAGUCGUCGUCAAGAACUCGAUACUCACGGAUUACCCUAACCCUGAAUCUCGAAAACAGCCCUACCACUGGAAGACACCCCGCAUUACGAUAAGAUAAGACUCGGCAGCAAGAUGGCGUCCCAACCAGAACUCACGUCGACCACAGCGGCGACCGACAACCAGAAUGUCGACCUCAGCAACACCACCGCCCAGCUCAACAACCUUGCGAUCGAAGAGGAAGACGACGACGACGACCUCCAAGAUGUCUUUGAAUCCGACGAUGACCUCGACUACGAAGAUGGCGGCACCGACCUGACCAAGUCGUACAACCGCCAACAACAUGGCGCCGGUGCUACCAACUCUCAGCAGUCCCAAGCUCAGGCCCAGCAACAAAAACCCACAGCCAACACGUCGGCCCGCGUCGACGACCAGAUCGCCGCCCUCUCCAAGUUCGCCGGAAAGAUCCGCAUCGACGCCUUCGACAAUGCCUCCGGUCCCGCCGAGCGCAGCAAAGACAAGUCCGAUCGCGCCACCUCCGAACUCGUCCUCGACCAGCGCACGCGCAUGAUCCUGCUGCAGAUGAUCAACCAGGGCUUUGUCUCCGAGAUUCACGGCGCCAUCAGCACGGGCAAGGAAGCCAACGUCUACGGUGCCAUACUCCACCCCGAGGAUGGCUCGGCCCCCAUACACAAGGCCAUCAAGAUCUACAAGACGGCCAUUCUGGUGUUCAAGGAUCGCGAGAAGUACAUUACUGGUGAACACCGCUUCAAGAGCGGCAGUGAAAAGGGAAACAACAGGAAGAUGGUCAAGCUCUGGGCCGAAAAGGAAUUCAGAAACCUGCGCCGUUUGUACACAGCCGGCAUCCCCUGCCCGGAGCCCAUCAAGCUCAAGCUGCACGUGCUCGUCAUGAGCUUCUUGGGAGAUCGCAAGGGCUGGGCCUACCCCCGUUUGCGCGACGCUCCCAUCUCGGGCGACGACGCCGAUGAACAAUGGCGCGACCUCUACAUCCAACUCCUCGGCCUCAUGCGCAAGCUGUACCAAGUCUGCCGCCUCGUCCACGCCGAUCUGUCGGAAUACAACAUCCUCUACAACAACAAGAAGCUCUACAUCAUUGAUGUUUCCCAAUCCGUCGAGCACGACCAUCCCCACUCGCUCGAGUUCCUGCGUAUGGAUAUCAAGAACGUCGGCGAUUUCUUCAGGAGGAAGGGUGUCGACACGCUCUCAGACCGCACGAUUUUCGAUUUCAUCGUCAACCCCAAGGGACCGGCCGAGGAACCCGGUAUGAAGGAGACGGUCGAACAGCUGUACCAGACGAGGGUGGAGGUGGAGGAUACCGCGGAGGCCAGGGCCGAGCAGGAGGUCGACAAUGAGGUUUUCAGAAACCAGUACAUCCCCAAGACGCUGAACGAGGUUUACGAUAUCGAGAAGGAUGUCGCCAAGGUAAACGAGGGUCAAGGAGAGGAUUUGGUAUACAAGAACCUGUUGGCGGAUCAAGUGGUGCACAAGACGGCGGAGGAUCAGGAAGAGGAGGAGUCUGAUGAGGAGGAGGAGGGCAGUGGUGACGAAGAGGAGGGUAGUGAUGACGAGGAUGACGAGAGCCGAUUCGAAAAGGGAACACCAAGAGGCAAGAGGUUCAUCGACAAGGACGAAAAGAAGCAGCACAAGGCGGCGGUUAAGGAGGCCAAGAGGGAGAAGAGGAAAGAGAAGAUACCCAAGGCGAUGAAGAAGAAGUUGGUGAACAGCACGUCGAGGAGGAAGCACUAAGCUGUGGUCGUCUACAAGUAUCAGCUUUUCUUGGUUUCUUUCUCUUGUCUUGUUUGCUAAUGGGCUCGGGUAUGGCUUCUAUGGCGCUAAAAGAAUAAUGGAUCAUGUCAUCUUCCAGCCUGCGUAUCCUGCUUUGAUGCGUUUGGCGUUUCUCUCUCAUACCUCACCCCAUCCCGUUUGAUCUGGCUACACUUUUGGCCAUCAUCCCUUGCGACACAGACGCAGCAAGUAAAGCAACCGGAUGAUGAAAGCAGUAAAGCCUGCCUGAGAUUGUCGUCUCCUCAAACGAGCUUGUAAUGGUUUUGCCUGUUUUCAGGGCGAAGCCUCCUGCUUUCGAGUAGAGACACUUUCUCAGAAGGCAGGUCUGAGUCGCUGGCGAGCCACCUAAAGAGUGGUCAAGCCGGGCUAUGACGACCAAAGAGAGCACUGACGGUCUGCUCCCAUACUGGGCGCCUAUUAAUCCCAUGGAGAUUCCAGUAGUCUCCUG